CAGAGCAUGACCUUACAUGUGCAAUUUGUAUGGAAACGUUUCGGGAACCCGUAGUGUUAGCAUGUGAACACAUGUUCUGUAGGGAAUGUAUUCACUUGUUUGCUGACAAGUCUAGAUCUGAACAGACAAAUAAAGAAGCCUCCUACAGCGCGGAGAGUGAAGACGUUCAAGAGAUGAUACAAUGUCCCGUGUGCCGGGCACCAACCAGUCUGGGAAAGAUGGUGUGGCGGGUUUGCCUGUCAACUUCCAGGUGACAAAAAGUGUUCAGAGGUACGCCACUUCUGACACCAUAAAGCUUGAGGAUAAGACUCCAUAUUGUUCUGUAUGCGAGGAAGAAAAUCAAGGAAAAGCCGUCAAGUUUUGUUCCACCUGUACUUUAUUGUACUGUAAGGACUGUCUAGCUUCUCUUCAUCCGAUGAGGGGUGGUUUAGCGCGUCACUGCCUAAUUUCAGCUCAAGAGUACCUCUCCCAGAAAACCUCAGAUUCGUACCUGGAAUGUGGAAGACACGGUCAACCACUGAGUAUAUACUGUGUCACAUGCCAAGAUGUCAUCUGUCUGGGAUGUCUGGGUGAACACCCACUACACCAAACCAGGGACAUCCGGUCUGCCACAGAAGAGGAUAAGGCUAUGGUCAUGGCAAAAUCUGGUCAGAUGAAAGAACCCAUAGGAGCACUGGGACAGAUUCUGUCCGAUUUGAAGGGUUUACGAAAUAAUAUCCAAAGAAACCAAGAUCUACAUUUGAAUGACAUCGAAAACGCAUACGGUAAAGCACUGGAUGUCUUAAAAAAAUGGAAGGAGAACUCAAUAGAGGCAGUGAAAAGUAGACACACAGAAUGGAGCAUGCAGUGUUCCGCAGCUGUAAAACACCUUGAGAUGCAGAUGGAAGAAAUGAAGAGGGUACAACAGUCCUCUAAAGAUUUGCCCUCCCUUAUGCCCGUGCAGAUUUUGAAGGGUUCAAAACAGCUGUCCAAAAGGAUUGAUGACCAGUUAGCUGAUAUCAAAACAUUAAUGAAGAAACAGGAAGAACUAAAAGAUACUCUAACGACGUCUGUAAACUGUUAUCCCGUGGAACCGAGACAUGUGGUCGUAACAGAGGAAGAUGUGGAACAGCGGAUUAUGGGACGUCUAAAUAUCGCAAAGCCCAAUCUUGUGUUCAAGAAAACCGACGGAAGCCCACUUAGAAUUGCCUGCAGUGGUUCCCUGGUAGAGUGUGGUGAUUUGACCAGUGAAGGGGUGCGCACGGCUGUAACGGACGGCCGUUACCGGAUGGGCAGGUACUAUCUUGAAGUAGAGAUUACAGUUCUCUCGACUGCUGGUAUAUUCGGCUGUUACUGUCGUGUAGGUGUGGCCCAGAAGGGCGGUGAUGUGAAGAAUAGUAACCCUGGCGGUGACAUCUGGUACAUUAAGAUGCAGUACAGUGCUGGCAAGGUCAGGUGUUCUAGCGACUGUGGGGGUGAGAUGAAACCUGAAUUCGUACAGUGGAGACCUCACACAGGACCUCAACACAUCGGUCUGUAUAUAGAUUGUGAAGAUCGGUCACUUACAAUCUUGGACCCUGAUAGUGACCGGCUGAUAUACACGGUCAGUGGUAUUCAUCUGACUAAUCCAUUUGUUCCUUUUGUCAAAUUUAGCGGGGUAAAAUCUGCAUCUGCUCUUCUGGUUACUGGUAACUCUGUGAGAUUACCUGCGGCUCUCCAUGCCGUACUGAACAACCCCUAACCCCUGUAUUUGUGUUCAUCUAUAAGCUUAAUCGAUGGACAACAGAGAAAAGAGUAGAACAGUAUAUGCAUGUAUUGGUGAGGUAUCCCACGAAAACUUUAAACGGCGUACCUUUUUUUUUAUUUUUGUGAUGCUGUAUAACCAAGAUGCCAAAGUAACCAAAAACUCGCACAUUGAAAAAAUGGAAAGAUCCGCCAUGUUAUAAAGAUUAACCCCAGAACUUACCAGAUUCCCCUGUGGCCUCACUCCAUAUCUUAUUCCGCCUUUUCGAAUCAUGUUUCUCUGAUAUUUAUUUGACUGGUGUUUUGCGCUGUUUUCUCAAGAAUAUUUCUCUUAUACCGAUAACAGAGCCCGGGGGAAAACCACGACAAUCUGACAGACCUUCCCACGUAUGAUUUGAGAGGAAGCCAGCAUAAACUAGACUUGAAUACACAGCGAUUACAUUGGUGAGAGGCUCCUGGCUCAUUGAGCCGAGCUAGCACACUAACCCCUCGGCCACGGAAGCCCCCUGGUUUCUCUAACAUGGGGCAUACCAUGGCUUCCAGAUUAAAAGUUAGUCUACAUAGCUAAGAAGCAUCGGAGAAAUAAAACCUGCGGCCGGUUAGGUCUGUUUUCACCCCUCGUCCGAAAUAAUUAAGGUUACAUUAUUUGGUGUCUUAUCUUUUAAACGAAAGGAUUUAUAUUAGUGCGGCGAAAUGGCCCUGUCUGACUCAUUACAUGAAAAGACCUCUAAAAAUCGAAGUAGUCGUCACUAAAUAGACCACUUAAAACUAUGCAUAAAUAUACUUUCACUUAUUUGUUUUUAGAUUUUUGUGAGAAGAGCUAAAGGCGUUCAAACAUUUGAAUUCUAAGGUGGGCUUUAUGGACCAUACUUUCCGAGUUUAGGAACUCUGACGUCAAAGGAAGUUUUUCCAACUCUGAUCACGACACUGAAUGCUGGAAUAACUGUUUUUACCCAUGAGUAAAAACUACUGAAACAAUGUUCCUCAAAAUUCUUUCCUUCUGGUGAACAUCAUGACCAAAAAGAUGAUGUGAGAUCAGAGUUCCUAGAUACCGUCAGUAUGGCUCAUAAAGUCCACAUAGUAUUCAAAUAUCUGAAUGUCUUUCAACACUCUUACAAAAAUCUAAAAAAAUAAAAAAUAAAAAAAGAAAUGAAAGUGUUUUUACGCAUCAGUGUUGAAUUUUGGUGUCUUUGACCGUUUCACUUCCCUUCAUUUAGAGAUAGAGGAAGUUGUGACCCAGAACACAGUUCGCAGCGGACUUGUAUGUUAAUACCUAAACCAUAACGUUGUCUUUUAAUUUGGAACACUCCUUUUACCUUUUUUAUCGACCAAAUAAAUACCAUUGCUUAAUGUUGGAUCUAAGUAAUAUAUUGGAUCAUUGUUGGUUCACAUUUUGUGACAUUUAAGAUUGUUAGUUCUUAAAUGAGUUAAGAUGUACUUAAAUGUAUAAUUCCGAAUUAAUGCAGAAUAAUGGGAAAAGAAAAUUGUAUUAGAAAUUGUAACAUACCUACACUAAACACAAUUAUCAUAUACGUCCUUAUGGAUUGGGCAAAGUUGGGUAUCAAUAAUUCUGCGAAACUCGACGUGCCUGAUCUGGAAUCUAACCCACGAUAGGUCUCAUUGAUGAAGGGCUAGGAAACUUUCAGUAGACGUCAUAUUUUUCCCCUCGGUGAGCCAUGUCCCAGGCAUAGACCUAGCCCAAGAUAUAUUUUAGAGACAAUCAGUUAAAAUGUUGUAUACGUAUUUUUAUGUUUCCUGCACCAUUUCCACGGUGUUUAAAUAACCUGAUGACAGUACAAGUGUCUUUGAUGUAUAAGGGAUAUGAUGAUCGUUUGUUUGUUUGUUUGUUUAUUAAACUGUGUUUAAUGACAAAUUGCUCAUAUUUUUGUACAUAAUCAGUGCCUCUCUGUAGUGAAAAUAUGACACAUUUGUCCAUUAUAUAUAUAUAUAUAUUACCCGAGGAAUAUAUACGGUGUACGGACGAAGUAAUUUGAAUGAACAUCCCUGUGUGUAGUUUCAUGCUUUUUUUACAUUAAAUACAGGUAGGGUUACAGAUAUAA